AUGGCAAAAGAUAUAGAGAUCAGUAAUGCUGAAUCCAAAUUUAUCCUGGAAGCGUUAAAGCUUAAACAAAGAUUAGAUGGACGUUCAUAUGACCAAUUCAGAGAUGUGAAGAUCGAAAUAGGUGAAGCAUACGGUGAUGUGACUGUUACCAUGGGUAACACAAAGGUACACUGUCGUAUCAGCUGUGAAAUUGCACAACCUUAUGAAGAUAGACCGUUUGAAGGACUUUUCCAUAUAAGUACCGAAACUACACCGAUGGCAGGUGCUCAGUUUGAGAAUGGGAACAAUACUGGAGAAGAAGAGGUAUUGAUCAGUAGGAUGAUUGAGAAAGCUGUAAGACGAUCAGGAGCAUUAGAUGUAGAAGGUUUAUGCAUAAUAGCUGGCUCCAAAUGUUGGUCUCUUAGAGCUGAUGUUCACUUUUUAGAUUGUGAUGGUGGACUAAUCGAUGCCAGUUGCAUUGCUGUAAUGGCUGGGUUACUUCAUUUUAAGAAGCCCGACGUUACUGUUCUUGGUGAAAGAGUGACGGUACAUCCGAUUGAUGAAAGAGAACCUGUGUCACUAGGUGUUUUGCAUGUUCCAAUUUGUGUGACGUUUUCAUUCUUCAAUCCAGACGAUACAGAAGAAAAUAUCAAAGGUGAGGACAAUGCAGAAAUAUCAAUCAUCGAUGCUUCCUUAAAAGAGGAGCUAUUGAGAGAUGGUGUGCUUACUGUGACGCUUAAUAAAAACAGAGAAGUUGUUCAAAUCUCCAAAGCAGGUGGUUUGCCGAUGGAAGCUUUGUCGUUGAUUGAUUGUUGUCAUAAAGCAUACGGAAUUGUAGAAAAAAUCACUGAUCAAAUUCAUCGUGUUGUGAAACAAGAUACCAUUGCAAGAAACCAAUACGCACACAUUUUGAGCUCUGAAAAUGCUCGUGAAACUUAA